AUGUCAAAAGAAAUUCUUAAGAUUAAUAAAUAAUCAUUAUCAAGGUCAAAGGCUGACAAUAAUCUAAUGCCUAAUUUAGUUUUAUAAGCAGUGGGUUCAGAGACCUAAGCGACAAGUAGAGAUGAAAGAGCACCAAUUCAACUUUAAAGAAGGGCGACUCAAAAGAGUAGUCUUAAAGAUUUCGGUUUGAAAAGAAAAACUACGAUUAGGUUUAAAGAUGAAGAAUGCUUAAUCGGAUUAAUGGAUGAAGAUGAAAUGUAAUAACUUAAGCUUAAUAAUCCUUAGAAAGAACUAUUGAAGUAAAUUUAGAGCAAGUCUUAUUUUUCAAACAAAAAUAAAUUAGGUGCUUAACUCUUUGAUCAAGGCAAAAGUUCUUUGAUUUUGGCAAACUUAACAUUCUCUGUUGAUCAUCACAAUCCGUUUUUCAACAGAAAACUAAAAAAUGAAAAACUCAUUAAUCUUGAUAAGCGCCAACUUCUUAAGCUUGGAUAAGUUACUCAAGAGGAAAUAGAUGAAGACGACAGAAAAGCUAAAAUGCAGAUUCAGUAACCUUCUAGCUUAAAAGAUAGCUUAGCGAAGGCAAAAGAAUACUUUUAGAAAAAGCUUAAGGAAGCCUUGGAAGAAUAAAAAAAAGAUUAGCAAAAAGAUCUGCUAAUUAAUUACGUUUUUAAUAAGGAGAAAGAAAAAAAAGAAGAGGAGGAGAAAUUAAAGGAAUUAGAAUAAUAAGAGGUGUAAAAUCCUGUAGAUGAAGACAUACCUGAUAAAUGGACUUGGUAAAAAAGACUUAGGCAAACAAUUCAAUCUAAAAGCAACAUUGUCAAGGCAUUCACUGAUUUGCAGAUUAGUGAUUCCUAAGAUUUAUAGGAUAAAAGUAUAAAUAGAUUAGAUAUACCUUAAAAUAAAAGUGCAAGCGUGUCUCCAUCAAAAAGCUCCAAGAAGAUAAUAACAUUUACUGGAAAGGCUGAGGAAACUAACAGAUCAAAAUCAUCUGCCUAGAAAGAUUUAGAGCAAAACUCUCAAGUGCUAGGUAGAUUCAAAAACUACAAAUCUAGAAUAGAAAAUUUCAUUCAAAAUAUGUAGACAGAUCUCACUUUUGAAGAGAUCUAAAAAAUAGAUAGAGAUAAUUAGAAGCAGCAAAAGAAACUGGAAGAUAUCAGGAAUGCAUAAGAUCUAGCUAGGAAAGCUGAAUUAAUAAGAAAUAAGGUAGAUCCAUCCUUAUUUUAAAUGCCUUUUCUUCAUAAAAAAGAUGUGAAAAGUUUCUACAAAAAGUUUAGACUAAACGAAGGUAGUAUAUCCCCUUUCUUCUAAGAAAAAGAAGCAGACAAUUUUGAUUAUGAAAAAGCGAUCGAUAAGUUAAAAGAAGCAAGGAUGAAACAUUAAAAUUUUAUGAAAAGGCAAUUGCAAAAAAAAUAGUAAGCCAAGAGAAAGAAAGAGCGUGAAAAGAGACAUCAAGAAUAAAAGAAGCUGGCUUUUGGAGAUGAUGUGUCCAGUUUAAUGGAAAGUUUUGACAGUUUAGAACUGAAUGAUUGCGUGGAUAGAAAUGACCAAAGUUUCUUUGACAGAGAUAAGAACAUUAAAACUACCAUGUCUAAAACUAAUCGAGUUGAUCCAGUGAGAGAGCUACUAAAGAGUAAUUAAUCAGCUUUAUAUGAUAAGUAUGGAUUCAACGAUAUUGAAGAGGAGUUGCCCAGAUCUCAUUGUAGGGAAUUAGAAAGUGACGACGACUAUAGUGAUUUCCAAGCUUCCUAAUCAUCUUCUGGUCCUUAGAGAAGCGUGUCCACAAAACAAAGUUUUUAUAGAAAUACACAUACUAGAGCUUCAGGAAUGCUUAUGUCUGAUUCAAGUACAAAUAAAAUAAAGAGUCUAUAAAGGAGACCUACUCUAAUGGGGCGAUUUUUUCAAUCUCCCUCAAAUUUUCUAUAGAAUUCAGAUUAAAAGCCAAAUAUGGUUAGAGAUAAAUUAGCCUAAUUUUAUAAGAAAGUCAAUAAAUAGUCAUAGCUGGCAAAAUUGUCCAAAGACCAUCUUUUAAUGAAUAGGAUUGAUAGGUCUUUGAAGUAAUAGAAGAAGAUAGAGGACAUGCUUUAGGAUUACUUGUAUGUUUAUCGCUAUAAUAAGCAAGAAAAUGACGAGCUAUAGUAAAUAUUAAAGGAAAGUAAGGCUGCUGUUGAGGAGAUUAAGAAAGAUUUGAUUGAUAAUGAGCACAAGAUUGAUUAUGAUAUAACCGCGAAACAUGAGAAAGACUUCAUGGAAAAAAUAAAGAUUUGGCAUUAGAAUGAAAUGAGAAAGAAGGACUUUGAUGAGUAGAGGAUGGACUAAUAGGCUAUGAAAUACUAAAAGCUUAGAAGGAUUUAGUUUUCGGGAAUCAAUUCUAGGGAUUUGUGA